AUGACCCUCUACAACUAUUUAGUCGGCGCGUCCAUCGCUGCUGUUGCACGCGCCGCACAGCCGGGUGCUGUUGCGCCUGUCAAGGCUCCGAUGCGGAACUUGACUUGGGGCCAGCUCAACUUCAUCCACACGACGGAUACCCACGGAUGGCUUGGGGGUCACUUUCAGGAAAUCGCCAGACCUCAGUACUCCGGCGACUGGGGAGACUUCAUCUCCUUCUCUCACCACAUGAGUGCGAAGGCCGACGAGAGGGGUGCCGACCUCCUCUUCGUCGACACUGGCGAUCGCAUCGAGGGCAACGGACUCUACGACGCUUCCAGUCCCAAAGGCCUUUACCAAUACGACAUCUAUGCCGAGCACGAUGUCGACAUCAUGUCCACAGGCAACCACGAGCUAUACCAGGUCUACUCGGCCGACUUAGAACACAACACAACCACCCGCAACUACCCCAACAAUUACAUUGCUUCCAACCUCGAUUACAUUGACUUAAGCACUGGCGAUCAAACACCCAUGGCCCCGCGCUAUCGAAAGUUCACCACCAAGAAUCAAAAGAUCGAGGUCCUUGCAAUGGGCUUCAUCUUCGAUUUCACCGGGAACAACAAGAACACCGCUAUACAACCCGUUAGGCAGACUAUCAAAGAGGAAUGGUUCCAAAAGGCUAUCAGGGAGAGGCCAGAUAUCUUUGUGAUUGCCGGACACGUCGGCUUACGCAUGGAGGAAUUUGGAAUCAUCUUCACAGAGCUUCGCAAGGCAGACUGGGAUACACCUGUUGUGUUCUUCGGUGGCCACGCCCAUGUUCGUGAUGCCCGAAAGUACGACUCUCUUUCAAUCGGAAUGGCCAGUGGGCGGUACAUGGAAACGAUUGGUUGGAUGUCGGUCGAUGGGCUGAACAAGAAAAACAAGGGCGAGGUUUCAACACAGAAGUCCGUCUCUUUCCACCGCAAAUAUAUCGACAACAAUUUAUACGGCAUGUACCACCAUACAGGUCUAAAUGAAUCAACAUUCCCCACAGCCCACGGCCAGAACGUCAGCAGCAUGAUUGAUAGUGCCCGCCAAGCAUUGAAGCUCGAUCAUAAGUACGGCUGUGCCCCAAAGAAUUACUGGAUGAGUCGUGCGAAGCACGGGUCAGAGGAUAACCUCUAUACUUUCAUCGAAAACGAGGUGUUUCCUGGGGUUGUUGUCAAUGAAGAGCGGAAGGAUAAACCUCGACUGACCAUCAUGAACACUGGAGGUGUCCGCUUUGACAUCUUCAAGGGCCCCUUUACCCGAGACACUACCUACAUCGUAAGCCCUUUUGUCAGCGGCUUCAGAUAUGUCCCGGAUGUGCCAUAUAAAAUCGCGAGCAAUGUGAUCAAGCUCUUGAACUCGGGAGGUCGGAUUCUUGACAUGGUCCCUGAAAAUAGGUUCAUGGCCAUCCCUGAGCAGAUGUUCCUCUCGCCCCUUGUCUCCUUUACCGAAGACGUCCAGGAUGUCAAUCUUGAAUUACGAGGCGAACAGAAAUCCCUCAACAGGCUGGAUGAUGAGACACCUCUUAUUGGUGGUCUCACUACCAGUGAUGACAUUGGUGAUGACGGAGAUGAUACUAUCCAUGAGAAGCUCCCCUUCCAUCCCCAACCAAAUGCCUUCCAAGCAAAGAUUGCCUUCCCUCCAGACAACAAAGACCCCGAGACAGUCGAUCUUGUUUUCAUUGAUUUUGUUCAGCCCUGGAUCAUCCCCGCGCUAAAGCUUAGUGGUGGCGACUAUGAUGAUAAGGAUGUUGAGAUCUACAUGGAGGGAACAUUCACCUCCAAACUGUCACAGUGGAUUUCCGAGAACUGGAAGGGAGAAUGCUAA